AUGGAGCAACCAUCAAUAACUCCAAGUGACUUUUAUUUUGCUUGUCGAAAUAAUAAAUUAGAACUCGUUGUUCAAUUAUUAAACGAUCGACCAUUGGAAGAUAUUGAUCGAAUAGAACCUAAUAACAGUUCUGCUUUGCAUGCUGCUUGUUAUUAUAAACAUGCUGAUAUAAUAAGAUUAUUAUUAGAUCGUGGUUUUACUCGACGUGUGCUAAAUAUACAUAAUGAAUUACCAAUUGAUGAAGCAGGUGAUGAAGAACUUCGACAAUUAUUUCAUCGUUCUGAUUUAUCCAAUCGAUUUGGUGGUGAUAUAUCCUAUGAACAAGAGAAAUUAAUAUGGAUUGUAAUCGAUGGAACUAAUCAAAAUCUUAUUACAAAACGUAUGAAAGAUAUGUAUAAAGGAAAUCGUUUAGAAUAUGGAAUAUUUCGUGGUGAAGAAAUCUGUCAACAAUUGAGUAAUAUGCCUAAAUGUGAUGUUAUUCGACGUUAUUUUCGUCAAGCAAUGGAAGAAAAAAAUUCUACUCGAUUAAUUCAAGCAUAUACAGCUGAAACAAAUUUUUAUAAUUAUGUUAAUAAUUAUUUGUUAACAAGAGAUGAACAAAAUCUUUUAUCACAAUUUAUACAAACAAUUUAUUUUAAUGAAAAAUUACAUAAAAAUUAUUCAUUUAAAGGUUUAUGUUAUCGAAGUAUUCGUGUAGAUUUUGAGCAUGAACUUAGUUUAUAUACAAAAGGAAGUAAAAUAUCGAAUCAAACAUUUAUUUCAGCAACUCGAGAACGUUUAUUGGCCGAUGAAUAUGUUUCUCGUCGUUGUAAUCAAAGACAAUAUACAAUUAUGAUGAUAUUUAAAAUUCGUCAUGAUCGUACGGCGUUAGAUAUAGAAAAUAUAUCAGAAUUUCCACAUGAAGAAGAAAUUUUAAUUAUGUUUGAUAGUUUAUUUGAAGUAAAAGAUGUUAUUCAAAAAGAUAAAUUUUAUUACGAAAUUAAAUUAUAUGAAGUUAAAUCAGAAUAUCGAAGAUAA